UUUCCAAUCCUUCUAUUGAAAAUAAAUUCAGGGAAUGUACUACAAAGUGUUGCAUCUCUUGGCAUCAAUUACGGACAAGUUGGUGACAAUUUGCCUUCACCUGAUAAAGUUAUUAACCUCUUGAGAUCUCUAAGGAUUAACAAAACAAGAAUAUACGACACAAAUCCUCAAAUUCUUAGUUCCUUUGCAAAUUCAAACAUAGAGAUCAUCGUCACCAUCGAAAAUCAGGUCUUAACGUUGUUACAAGAUCCUCAACAAGCUCUCCAGUGGGUGAAUUCCCACAUCAAACCCUAUAUUCCGGCCACAAGUAUCACCGGAAUCAUGGUCGGAAACGAGCUUUUCACCGACGAAGACUCUAGUUUAAUCAGAUACAUGAUGCCAGCAAUUAUCAACAUCCACAAAGCCUUGUUCCAGUUAGGUUUAGACAGAUACAUUCAAGUCUCGUCUCCAAGCUCUCUCGCCGUCCUAGCCGAAUCUUAUCCUCCAUCAGCCGGAAGUUUCAAGCCGGAGGUUACCUCCGUGAUGCAACAAUUUCUACGAUUCUUGGAAGCCACGCGAUCUCCUUUUUGGAUCAAUGCUUACCCUUACUUCGCCUACAAAGAUAACCCUAACACAAUCCCUAUCGACUACGUUCUAUUCAAUCGUAACAUCGGCAUGACCGAUCCCAACACAGGACUACACUAUGACAACAUGAUGUAUGCUCAAGUAGAUGCGGCUGCUUUCGCUGCUGCGAAAUUAGGGUACCGUAACAUAGAAGUUAGGGUUGCGGAAACAGGUUGGCCUUCCAAAGGAGAUGUUGGAGAGAUUGGAGCGUCUCCUUUGAAUGCUGCCACGUAUAUAAGGAAUCUUAUGAUGAGACAGUUCGCCGGAGAAGGGACUCCGGCCAGACGGAGUUCCAGGCUAGAGGUCUAUAUAUUCGCAUUGUUCAAUGAGGAUAUGAAACCUGGUCCUAUUUCGGAGAAGAAUUAUGGAAUAUUUCAACCAGAUGGAUCAUUGGCUUACGAUUUGGGAUUCUCCACGAUGUCUACUACUAGUACUACAACUGCGACUUCAAAAUCUAUCACGUAUUCAUCUUCUGCCACUAAGGUACAAAGCAAUUAGUAUGGUUUGUUUUUUAAAUCCAUAAAGAUUGGGGUUACAGCGAGAAUAGAUGAUUCUGGAAGCACUAUAUGUGUAAUAACGAAUUCUAUUUUGUUUCUUUUUACAGGCAAAGUCAACCU